AUGCGUUGCAGGAUUCUAGUGUUGUGUGCAUUAAUUUGCCUUUUCGUUAUUUUGACGGAGGCCAGACAAAGGAAAGCCAAUCGUUCCGGAUCAAGAUCCUUGGCGGCCAGGUAUCAGCGAAGUAAUGUGCGUCAUCAGACUGGAAACAGACUGGCUGUCAGGUCUAGGAAUCUUAAAAAACGCGGACUUAAUUCGGCCAAGAAGAACAGGAGGCGUCGCAAUUUGGCCAGGAAAAACCGGAGGCAACGCAAUUUGGCCAAACGUGAAACCAAGGCCAAGUCGAGUAGCAGCAGUGGUUCGAGUUUUGCCUCUCUACCACUGGAUUUCGAACAGAAUUUCGUGCGAACCACCGACAAUUUGCGAUCCGAAAGGGUAUUUUUGGCAGCUCGUUAUGGUUUUAGUUUUGCCAAGACUUCUGGAUCGACAAUCCUGAAAAACACAGCGAAUAUGGAGUACACCUGCAAGCUGAACAUUGGCACACCGAAGCAAAAGUUCAGAGUACUACCGGAUACGGGCAGUUCGAAUCUUUGGGUGACGGGACCUCAUUGUAAGAGCGAGGCCUGCCGGAAGCACGAGCGUUACUAUCCCAAAAAGUCCAGUACCUUUGUAAAGAACGGAACGAAAUUUGCAAUUCAAUAUGGUGAUGGAGCACUGUCAGGUGUUCUGGCCGAAGACAUUGUGAGAAUUGCUGGACUGGCAGCCCCCAAUCAGACCUUUGCUAUCUCCACCAAGGAACCGGGAGAUACCUUUGAAGCAGCCAAUUUCGAUGGAAUACUGGGUAUGGGCUUUCGGUCCAUCGCCGUGGACAAUGUGCAGCCCCUUGUGCAGAACAUGUGCGCCCAGAAAGUGAUCACCAGCUGUAAGUUUGCCAUUUGCAUGAAGGGCGGUGGCAGUUCGUCGCGCGGUGGAGCUCUGUUCUUCGGGAACACCAGUACCAAGGCUUACAGUGGCUCGAAUAGCUAUACGUACACGCCGGUAACCAAGAAGGGAUACUGGCAAUUCAACCUUCAGAAUAUCUACGUGGGCGACACCAAAGUGAGUGGCUCGGUGCAGGCGAUUGUGGAUUCCGGAACCUCCCUGAUCACCGCCCCAACGGCAAUCUACAAUAAGAUCAACAAGAUCCUCGGUUGCACUGAGACAUCCAGCGGAGAGUGCUAUAUGAAGUGCUCAACGGAAGUGAAAGAAUUCAAAUUUGGCAUCGCGGGCAAGGAGUUUGUCAUUCCGGGCAAGAAGAUGAUGGUGAAGGUGAAGACCAGCAAGGGCAAGACCAUUUGCAUAUCGGCGGUCCAGAAAGUGCAGGGCGAACCGGUGAUCCUGGGCGAUGCCUUCAUCAGGCAUUUCUGCACCAUCUUCGAUUUGGCCAACAGUCGCAUUGGUUUCGCUGCCACUACGUAUUCUACCUAG